AUGACGUCUGUUAACGAAGAUGAACAGAAGAAGCAUUUAGAAGCGCUUUUGCGCCAGAUAACCAUUAUUGAGAGAAAGAAUUUUGACAAGAAACAAUAUCUUAUGGCAUGUGAUCAGUUUCGACGAAUGGUCACUGCGGGAAGUAGCAGUUUUGGUGGUAAAUUUGACCUUGAUUAUCAGGACUUAAUUAAGAAGCUUUUGGUGGUACUCCCAAACAAAAAUGUAGCUGCCGAUGUCAGGAAAUGUGCCGCUGAAUGUAUAGGAACUGUCGGAUUGGCGAUGCAUGAACGUUAUAACGAGUUUUUGGAAUAUAUCUUUUCGGCAUUCAACAAGGCGUCACAAAAGUAUUUUGAAGAAAAAUCUAUGAUACUUCACUCUUUGUGUACUUCUCUUGAACUUAUUGGUGCGCCUCCUGCGAAAUCUCUUCCCAGCUUAAAGCCUGUUGAGGAUGUUAUGAAGUUUGUCAAGAAAAUUUUGGAUUCAAAUGACUCACAUAUUGUGUUGACUCCACUGCUGAACAUCUGUUUAACAGUCGCGAAAUAUUUUCCAGCAGUUUUCAAAGACGAUUUUUUGGAUGUUUUGGACUUCACUGUCGGUUGGUACACUGAACUUGACCAACCGGCAGAAGUUGGAGAAAAAUGUAAUCAAGUUUUGCUGGAACUAAGACCCUAUUUUCACCAAGCAAUCCCUUCUUCUGUCGAAUUGAUGACGCAGUUUGUUGACGAUGCAAAAGUUUAUAUUGAGGAGCUGCAUCAGACGGACCAGAGGGACAUCAAAUGCGAAGUGUCGCUUCAGAAAACUGCACUCUUGUUGCGCUCUUUAGCCACAAUUUUGAAUGUAUUUACUUCUCCUGAUGUUUUACCAUACUUGCUACCUUUUGCUAAAAAAGUCUUUGGAGAAAUGGAUUCUAUUGUGAAGUCAAUUUCCAAAGUUUACCUUUCCGAAGUAGAGAAUGUAUAUUUGGAAUUAAUUAAAGUUUAUUGGUCCUUGCUGCAAAUAUCUGCUCAAGCUAUAGAAUUGUCAUCUGCUGUUGAGGAUAUGGUUCUAAUGUUGAGUCAUCCAGUUGUUGACAGCUUACCACCUGAUAUGACUUCCCAAGUAAUACCUCUGAUGUUUUCAAAUAUAAUUGAAUCAAAAUAUAAGCGUUCAGUUAUGGUUAGUCAAUUUUUGUCAAAGCUUCUUACACCAAAAGCCCUACCAACUCUACAGGCUGUGUACAAUUGUGCUAAAGAAAGGUUGUUGAAGUGUCUGAGCAACCUGAAGGAGCUUGAAGAAGGUUGCGGUAAAACAGAACUCAGAGUUGUUGAAGACGAAGCAAUGUUUCUUUUGAAUGCACUUUCUGGUCUUGCAGGAACUAAAAACUCAUUGAUUGGGUUUGGGAGCAUUUUUCCUACAAUUUAUAGUUUUCAGAUGAUGGGCUUAUCUCCAAACCUUUUUACUUUAUUGUCUGAUAAAACACCGGUAGCAGAAAAGUGGCAUGACAAUUUUAUUGCUAACAGUUGUUGGUUCAAUGACAAAAAACAUUCCUUAAUUGUACCGGAAGGUCUGACGUCAAACCAUUUCACUAGGAUUGUAACGCUUCUUUCCGAUCUAUUCUCGCUUACAUCGUAUAUGUGGUCUGAUACGAGAGAGACCUUGCUGGAUUGGGUUCGCGGAGUUGCUUUUGGUAUAUCACAUGAAAUGCUGCAACAAAUUUUAAAUUUUCCUGCGAUGUUAAAUCUCAGAAGGUCUUUACUGAAUUCAUUCUUGUAUCACUCUAAGAAUAGGAAGGGGUCGUUAGAGUCGCCUAAAAGGUUGUUUGGUGUUCCAGCCACUCGUGUUCGGCAAUACACCCUUCUGAGGAGGCUUGCAGUUUUUGAUUUGGUUCAAGAUGAUAUUGCUAACGGAGAUUAUGACUUUAUGUGCGACGUCUGUAGAGCUGUCAGAACGUGUAGUCGUGAAAUGGCGAUCAGUUUAUGGCAAACAAUUCCGCCCCCCUUUUUUAUUGAGUGUGGCUUAUCAGAAACUUUUAAAGAAGAGCUUGAGUUUUCACAAGCAAAAAUCACGAGUACUUCAUUCACAUCUGAUCAUUUCAAGCUUAUCACAGAUUUCUUGUUGAAAUCUAUUGUUCCUACCUAUCUGCUUAACGACGCGUACGAUGAGAAGUGGAUUGAAGACAUACCUACAGUUAUAUAUUCCUUUGCAACGAAUGAUUAUAGCAUAUCUAUAGAUCAUAUUGAGAAGUGGCGAUGGGCUCUUGCACAAACGGCUCAGUAUUGCAUUGAUAAUCGUAUGAAAACGUUACUGGGGAAACCUCUCGAAACAUUUCUUUGCUUUGAAAAAGAAAUGCGUCGCUUGGCUGUUUCGGCUUUAUCGCAGAAGUUGGGUGCGGGUAGUGAACCGUCCUUGAAAGAGUCGAAAUUUGACAACGAUGAUAACGUUGUUUCAAAAACAAUAGUCAUAAAUAGAAGUCGGAAACCAACUGGGGAUGAAGAUGACGAGGAAGGCAGUAAUACAGAAGAACAAAGGCAGUUAAGUGAUGCAGAGAAUUGGUGGAGGGUCAGAGCAUUUUUGGAAACAAUGGAGCUUCUUGAUAAGCUUAUCACUUAUGCUGGUGACGGGACAGUGUUUCAGCUAACGAAUAUUUCUCAGCAAUCUCGUCAAUUUUUCAUCACGAACGCAGCUAGCUGUUCAAGCUGGCUCACUCGUAUGUACUUGAUCACUAUGGCUGUUGCCUAUCAUAAUGGCAACUUCGCCCAAGUGGUGCGACUAGGUGGCUGUUUUUUACGGGAUGCGCAAAAACGCAGCAAUUCACCUUCUUUGUGUGAGAGAAAUGGGAAAGAAAAUGAUUUAGAUACAAAGUCAAAGGUUGAUGGUACUGUGUGGACAUGUAUCUCAUGGAUCGUGCGUGCUCUCAUUGAACUUGGCGGUGGCCAAGCAAUUCUUGGCCUACAUGCGUGGGUUAAAAAGCAUUAUGGCAUAGGUAGCGAUUGGAUUAUUUAUGCUGCUGAUAUGGCAUGUGGGAGGAUUGAACUUGCUUUGGAUGGACUGAUUAAAUGUGCGUCUGAUGAGGAAUUGGCUGAAAUCCCUUGCAAAACUGUGCGACAUUUGAUAGUCACUGGUUUGAUAAUGCUGCGUAGUUCAGAGGAAUUGAAGCGUGUGUGGAAAGAUUUGAAUGACAAAAACGUUGUUUUCAACGACAGUUUUCCUCCACCGAAAGGUUUUGAAGAAACUGCCUGGGAAAGAAUGCGCGGUUUAGUUACGUUCGUGCCACUUACAGAAAGCAAUGAUAAUCAGUCUCUUUCUUGGGAUGUGAAUGGUCGCUUUCAGCUGAAUGAAUUAAAACUUAUGGAACUAACUCGGGCUUUUAAUAAGAAUAGCAGGAUCGAUCUUAUGCGUCGUUUGGGAGAGGAUGCACAGAUGUUGAUAUUAGUUGAUUCGGGGGCAAAAACAGUUGUAAAAGCAAGUGUUCUGCAUGUGUUAGCAUCAAGUCUGAAAGAGACUCAUAAAACGGAUCCGGUGUUUUCAUCCGAUGCGGCGGAUAUGAUCCCUUUGCAUACUGCAGAGGCUUCUGCACCUCAUUCCUUCGUCAUCUGCCAACAGUUAUGUCAGUGGUUGGAAAAGUAUUGCUUUGAAAAUAGUCUGGGAACCUCACUGAAAAUUGUUUCGGACGAACCAUCUUUCUACUUAAAUGUUUGUAACCUUGCAAGAAAGUUGGGAAAUUUGCGUUCAGCGAAUCGUCAUAUGCAGCUAUACGGAAUGAAGAUGCAGUCGUGCUCAAAAAUAAUGCAAGUAGAAAAUGGAUGGCCUUCUGGUUUUGAAAAAGAAAACAUCUCUGGAGUGAUGAAUGGAAUGUUCAACUCUUUUAGUAACGUUAUGGAAGGUCCAAAUAGUUCAAAACUAUUCGUUGGUCGUGUUGCUUCCAAGCUAUUAUACGCCGAGGGAAUAUCGAGUGGGAAUAGUAACUUGUGUAGUACUGCUUUUGCUAUACUCUAUGAUACGUUAUCUGACGAAAUUGACCGCCUAUUAUUCAAAUCAAACGCACUUUUUAAUGGAACUCCAACGGUUGCGCCGAAUGCUCUCUCACAUGUUCUUUCUCACCAAAUAAUGAUGAAAGGUGCUGAGGAUACUAAGCAAAAUCUUAAUGUGCCUGUUUCAAAGACUAGUGUUCAAAGGAAAUGGAGAAAGGACCCGUCAAAUUUACUGUCGCGUUCAAUACUAAAACUGGCAGAAUGGCUUGAACACGAGCCAACACUUAUUAACGUUGCCCUUCUGCGGUCAUCUAGGAUUUCUUGGCAUCUUUUUGGCGUUGAGCUUUCAAAUUUGCCUCAUCCUCUAAACCCUGCGUCAGGGUUAGUGGGUUCGCUCUUAAGCGCUUCGUGUAAACUCUCUUUCCAUCUUGCAAAAGCCCAUGCUCGUUUUGCUGAUUGGAGUUACAAAUGUAUUGGUGUUGGGGAAGAUGAUAAAUUUGGCAUGAGAUUCACCGAUGAAGAGCAUAGUGCAAUGACAUGGCAUUUAAAGAAUGCGUUUCCUUCGUUAGACAAACUGGGUAUCGAAAAGAUUAUUCAAGCAGUAGGAGAGGCAGAAAAUUUAGCCAUGCUUAAAAAUGAUGUUUUUGCAUCAUUUGAGAACGAGCCUAGUAGGGAGUCGGCCUUUGAGAAGAUUUUUGGAGUUAACGGAGUUUUAACUGAAAUUUGGGCAGCAGUUAGAGCGAGGACAGUUGCGUACGUACUAUCCUGCGUGCGUUCGUACUUUGCAUUUAUCGGUGAGUAUGGGAAAGAUGUUGACAAAGGAUGUUCGAGAACUCAGGGUUGCAUCGGCACUGUUGUCGCGUGCUUACGCAUCAUGCAGUUGUUUAUGAAGUACUCUGAAUCAUUACAGGAGACUGUUGAUGAGGAACUACUGAGAACAGACGAAUUAGUUUGGAGAGAUAUUUUGCCCCAAAUUUUCGCUCGCUUAAACCACCCUUUAGCGAGUGUUCGGGAUUCACUGUGCACUUUGUUGGAACGCAUUGCUGAAAAGUCUCCACACGCUCUAUGUUAUCCUGCAAUUGUCGGGGCAACUGAAUCGUCAGUGUUUAUUCCUGAGGGAGUGGCUGAAAAAAAUGGGGAGUUGGAAGAAGAACUUGUGGAUGCUGAAAGGCAGUUGAAAGUGGAAGCAGAGCGUACUCUGAUGUUUGACUGCUGUCAACGCAUUGUUUCUUAUCUUUCUCAAAAAUUCCCAGUCCUGGUUGAAAAUGUAUCUGCUUUAGUUCAGGAACUUCAACGUAUAAACAUGUUAUUCGAAGAGCGUUGGUUAUUUGUGCUCGCCAACUUGGAUCACGAAAUGAGCCGUCGGAUGGCGCAGAUAGAAUCGGAAAAAGCGAAGACUUUAUGUUGUACUCAUCUGAAUCCUAAGGAACAGCAGGCUAUUAUUAGAGAGAAGACAGUUAUUUUGUCUGAGAUGGUUUUUCGUAUUCUUGAAGCUUUAUACGAAAGGACAUGCUUGCGAGAACCGUCGACUGCGAAUGAGCGUCAUUUUCGUGAUACUUAUCACCACCAAAUAUCUGCAGCCUAUGAAAACUUCAAAAUGAAUAAACAUGAACCUAAAAAAGCAUGGCACUUAUUCAAACAACUACUUGUUAAUCUAACUCAGCGGUCGAACAAGCGCGGAGCACUAACACUGGCUACGGCAGACAUUUCUCCCCGUUUAUGUGCGCUGAAGAACACUAGUAUUCCAUUACCUGGUCAGGAACUAAUGGAUUUUGUUGACGUAGUUACCGUUUCGCAAACGACUAAACAAGCUAUUAUUUUACCUACCAAGACUCGUCCAAAGAAAAUUGCGUUUCUCGGUUCCAAUGGGAAAGAGUUAGUGCUUGUCAUACGUUUCGAAUUUCCAAAGUAUCCUUUUCUUUUCAAAGGGCAAGAGGACCUCCAUCUUGAUGAGCGAAUCAUGCAGCUCCUCCGAGUUUGCAACUUAAUGCUUUUGGAAGAAGAAAAGGAGUGGCCCCCGUAUUCGGCAAGACAUUAUUCAGUCACCCCCUUGGGUUCGCGGUCAGGUCUCAUUCAGUGGGUGGAUGGUGCAACACCACUCUUUCAUGUGUACAGGAAGUGGCAGAACAGGAAGGCACUUAAUGUCAAUUCAAAAAGAGACAUUGUGGAAGUUGAUCGACCUAGCGAGCUCUUUUUCAGAAAAUUGAAGGCUGCCUUUGUUGCAAAUAACAUAUCAUCUGAUAUACUGAUUGAUCGUCAGAAAUGGCCUCUGCCAGUUUUGGAAAAAGUAGUCAGCGAUCUGAUGAAGGAAACUCCUCCGGAUUUACUCUCACGUGAGCUUUGGAUUCGAGCCGGAAGUUCUUCUAACUGGUACAGGACCACUGAAAGGUUUGCUCGUUCGACAGCUGUGAUGUCUAUGCUAGGGAGUAUCCUUGGUUUGGGUGAUCGGCAUUUGGAUAAUCUAUUGGUUAAUUUGGAUUCUGGACAGGUCAUUCAUAUUGACUAUAACGUCUGUUUCGAUAAGGGUCGACAUUUAAGAGUUCCUGAAACGGUGCCCUUUCGCCUAACGAACAACAUCAUUUUUGCGUUAGGUCCAACUCAAAUUGAGGGCACUUUUCGAUUGUCGUGUGAGCAAAUGCUUAAGAGACUCCGAGCCAGUAAGGAGGUGUUGCUUACUUUACUAGAUACAUUUGUUUACGAUCCUUUGGUAGAUUGGGCUGGAGCACAAGAGCAGUUGAUCACUAGUGGAACUAUUGGUGUUGCUACCUUACUGGCAGUAUACGGCACUGAACCUUAUCCUGGGACUGCCCUUCCACUUACAUACUCUUUAUAUGACCUUCGUGUAAGAGAAUUCGGAGUUCCAUGGCGUGCAAAUGGUGACCGGUUACAUUACGCACUGCUUCGGAUGGUUGAAGCUUUGGAGAAGACUCAUCGAUCCAGAGAGGGUAUUCUAGAUUACGGCAGCAUGGUCAAAGGAAAAGCUCCAGGAGAGGAGGAAGUGAAAAAUAUAGAAAAAGAAAGAACAGAGGCUAGCACUGAACUUAAGAAGUCAAUCACAGAGCAUAAACACUUAAUGCAUGAUUUCCGGCCCUUGUUGCGGUCCCUGGCAUAUACCAAUGAAAAGUUUCGGGACUAUCUUCGGACCUAUAAAGACAAGUUUAUCGCACCUCUACUUGAAGGAUACAAACUUUAUGAAGAUAAUGAUGAGGAGAAGUUUGAUUAUGUUGCGUCAUUGUUCCAGUCCGUCAAUGAUCAGUUGGAUAGUAUUUACAAUCAGUUGCUUACGUUGAAGGGGAAGGAUGAAAAGAUAGCCGCGACUUCUUCGCGCCCUAGCUCUAAACUUCAUCAAGAAUCAGAAGGCAAAACAGUUUUAAGCAAGCAAGAGCAAAACGUGUACGCUAAAACUGUGUCUUUGCGCGUAAGACAAAAGUUGGAGGGGAAAGAUCCAUCUUUGUAUAAAGAUGCUGCCAAUGGCAGUAAGACUGUUAGCGAAGAUGGUCUAGAUAGAGAGCCGCUUUCUUUUGCUGAACAGGUUAAUAUAUGGAUCGAGCAAGCAACAAAUUUGAGUAAUCUUGCUUUGAUGUAUGAAGGAUGGACUGCUUGGGUUUGA